AUGGGCUGGACGACGCGCUGGCAGCUCCCCGACCGCCAUGUCCCGGGCCUUCGGGCCCAGCCCUGGUGGCCGGAGCUGCCCGCCGCGGCUCGGCUCGAGGCGCUCGCCGGCGUCCUCGCGGGCGAGCUCGAGGCCGCGCUGGCGCAGGCGGGGGGGCCUGGCGCCUUCGAGCGCCGCCGCGCAGACGCGUGGAUCCCCGAGCCGCGCGACGGGUGGGGGAUGCUGCCCGUCGGCGCGCGGCAGUGCGCCGUCGCCCCACGCACCUGCCAGGCCCUGCGCGAGCUCCGCGGCGGCGCGGGGGAGGGCGGCGGGGGGGGCCUCGGCGGCGCAGGCUGGUACGUGCUGCGCGCGGGGGCGCGGCUGCGGGCGCACGCGGGUCCGACCAACGAGCGGCUCACCUGCCACCUCACGCUGGGCGGCCGCGGUGCCCGCUUCACGGUCGGCGGCGUGCAGCGUGAGUGGCUGCCGGGGAGGGCCCUCUGCUUCGACGACUCGUUCGUCCACGAGGCCGUCCACGGAGGGGAGGAUGACCGCUACGUUCUCCUGGUGGACGUGCCCCACCCAGAUCUGGGCGCUCUGGGGCGGCACGCGCCGGACUCCGUUUAG